GGCUGAUCAUAACCUUUUACCUAUACCCAAAGUUUACCUUGAGACCACACCUACCAUUACCAUUUAAUUAUUUUUUUUUUUUUUGGUGGUGUGUAGAGUGUGACUUUGUUUAAGCAAUUCCACCACGUUCUUGUUUUCCUUUAUUUUUUUCAUCACCGUCCCCCUCCCCCUCCCCUCGUCUGCUUCUCUCUCCCCCCCUUUUCUAUCUUGGUUGAUAAAUAAACAGUUUUUUUUAAAGGUAAAAUUAGGGAGAAAGAGAGGGUUCUUUUUUUGUUUCUCACUGUUAUUAAUCUACUUUUUAAAAAAGAUGUCUGAUGCAAAAGCCGUAAUCAAGAGUGUUGACAUGAGUGAGGAGAUGCAACAAGAAGCCAUCGAGUGCUCCACACAAGCUUUGGAAAAGUAUAAUAUCGAAAAGGACAUUGCUGCACACAUCAAGCGUGAAUUUGACCGUAAAUAUGGUCCCACUUGGCAUUGUGUUGUUGGACGUAACUUUGGUAGUUUUGUUACUCACGAGUCCAAGCAUUUCAUUUACUUUUACCAUGGUCAAAUUGCCAUUCUUUUAUUCAAGUCUGCUUAGAUUAUUUUUUUUUUUUGUUUUUGCUGAAAAUAAACAUUUUACCCUUAUUGUUUGUAUAGACAAUUAUAAAGUUUAGCAGUAG